CCAGGAAGUAAUCUUUGACCGGCGUGCGCUGACUGACUUUCAUAGGUUGACUGACAUCCAGUGGGGUGUUGUGUAAACCGGGUUUAACUCGUGCUGUCAACUGUCACACCUCCAAAAUGCGUCUUCUGAAAGCCGGAAUGACCUUAGGUCAAACACAUUUUAGGAAACCUGGAACCCUAACAUUAAAAAAGGUGUUGAUGAACAGUUGUCGCUCGUGCUCCUCCGGUAUCGUUCCCAACGAAAGAAUCCGGAACAUCGGAAUUUCGGCACACAUCGACUCCGGGAAGACUACACUCACUGAGCGCGUCCUCUUCUACACGGGCAAGAUAUCAGAGAUUCAUGAGGUGAAGGGAAAGGAUGGAGUUGGUGCCACGAUGGACUCCAUGGAGCUGGAGAGGCAGAGAGGCAUCACCAUCCAGUCAGCUGCCACAUACACUAUGUAUAAGGAUCACAACAUCAACAUCAUAGACACACCAGGGCAUGUGGAUUUCACCAUCGAGGUGGAGCGGGCCCUGCGUGUCCUGGACGGGGCGAUACUGGUGCUGUGCGCGGUGGGGGGCGUCCAGUGCCAGACCCUGACCGUGAGCAGGCAGAUGAAACGCUACAACGUGCCCUUCCUCACCUUCAUCAACAAGCUGGACCGCAUGGGUGCCAACCCCAACCGGGCCCUGCAGGCCUUGAGGACCAAGCUCAACCAGAACGCGGCCUUCGUGAACAUCCCCAUUGGCCUGGAGGGUCACGUGAAGGGGAUCAUAGACCUCGUGGAGGAAUGCAGCAUGUACUUUGAGGGCCCAUUUGGACAGAAGAUCCGGUUGGAUGAGAUCCCAGCAGAGUUCCGUGCGGAGGCUGCAGACAGGAGGCAGGAGAUGGUGGAGUGUGUGGCUAAUGUUGACGAGACCCUGGGAGAGAUGUUUCUGGAGGAGAGGAUUCCCACUGUGCCACAGCUCAAGGCAGCCAUACGCAGGGCCACAGUGCAGCGCCUCUUCACCCCGGUGCUGGUGGGAACGGCCCUGAAGAACAAGGGGGUUCAGCCUCUCCUUAACGCAGUGCUGGACUACCUGCCCAACCCCACGGAGGUCAACAACUACGCCCUCCUCAACGAUGAGGAUUCCAGAGACAGCACCAAGAUAAUGAUGGAUCCCACCAGAGACACUUCACAGCCCUUCGUAGGUCUGGCCUUUAAGCUGGAGGCCGGUCGGUUUGGUCAGCUGACGUACGUGCGGGUCUAUCAGGGCUGUCUGAAGAAGAGUGAGUACAUCAUUAACACACGUACAGGCAAGAAGGUCCGUGUGCAGAGGCUGGUGCGUCUCCAUGCCGACCAGAUGGAGGAUGUCGAGGAGGUUUAUGCAGGGGACAUCUGUGCUCUGUUUGGGAUCGACUGUGCCAGCGGAGACACCUUCACCUCCCGAACCAGCGCUAACCUCUCCAUGGAGUCCAUCCAUAUACCAGAGGCAGUCAUAUCAAUGUCUAUGAAGCCCUCCAACAAGAAUGACAUGGAUAAAUUCUCUAAAGGCAUCAACCGCUUCACUAGAGAAGACCCCACCUUCAGAGUCCACUAUGACACGGAGAGUAAGGAGACCAUCAUCUCUGGGAUGGGAGAGCUGCACCUGGAGAUCUACUCACAGAGGAUGGAGAGGGAGUACAACUGCCCCUGUGUGAUGGGCAAACCCAAGGUAGCCUUCAGGGAGACCGUGUCCAGCCCUGUAUCGUUUGACUUCACUCAUAAGAAGCAGUCUGGUGGUUCUGGGCAAUACGGUAAAGUAGUGGGGGUUCUGGAACCUCUGGAGACCGAGGAAUACACCAAAGUGGAGUUUGAAGACCGGACCAUCGGAACCAACAUUCCUAAACAGUUUGUGCCGGCUGUGGAAAAGGGAUUCAGAGAGGCCUGUGAGAACGGGCCUCUCACUGGACACAAGAUCUCCGGCAUCAGGUUUGUGUUGGAAGAUGGAGCGAAUCACAUGGUGGACUCUAAUGAGAUUUCCUUCAUCCGUGCGGGAGAGGGCGCCCUGAAACAAGCCAUGGAAAAAGCCAACGUGGCUGUCCUGGAGCCGAUCAUGUCAGUGGAAAUCGUGGCGCCCACUGAAUUCCAAGGGACGGUCAUCGCCGGUGUCAACCGUCGCCACGGUGUCAUCAGCGGUCAGGACGGGGCAGAUGGCUACUUCACCUUGUACGCUGACGUUCCCCUGAAUGACAUGUUUGGCUACGCCACAGAGCUCCGGUCCUGUACGGAGGGGAAAGGAGAGUAUACCAUGGAGUACAGCAGGUACCAGCCCUGUCUGCCGGGAACCCAGGAGGAGCUCGUCAACAAAUACCUGGAGUCAACAGGCCAGCUGCCUGCCAAGAAGGGGAAGUGGAAGAACUGACCGUGGACAACACAACAAACACACACACACGUACACAAACUCAUGCACACACACAACACAAAAACCCUGUAAACGUAGCAGAGCUAAAACCAUAUGGUAAGCCAAGUCCACAGAGGUAACUUUGGGUGGCUCAACUCGUAGUAAAUGUUACCAAUGAGGACGUUUCCGUCUUGGCCUCCUAGUGUGGGGCAGUAAGACUGUGGGGGAAGAGGUACUCGCUAAGCAGCGGUGGUAUGUCCUUAUCAUACAGAAUGGAAUGCUUGACAAACACACGCAAACAUACACAGGUCUCAUUCAACUGCAAACAUCUUGGGUUCUGCCUCACCAAUGUGGAUAUUUUAUAUAAGAACAACAUUCACCGGUGAGUGGUGUUUUCGCUCGGUUUUCUCGUACACUAUUGUCAAAAAGUGUGUAUUUAUUAAUGAAUAUCUUGCAAACAGCCUUGUCACACAGCCAAGCAGUUCUUAUUCAAAUUUGAGGCAAGCGCAAAAUUUGCACUUCAACAUGUGUAUUAGCUGGUUCUGUACUGUGUACAGCAUAUGUCUGUAAUGAUUAAAUGUCAUUUAUCUAAUUAAACCAUUUCAGAUGGAUUUCUUUC